CUUUAAAACCCAACCCUACUUCAUUUCGGUUCCUUCUCUUUCUUCUUUCUCUGUCUCUUUCUCUUAAGUGUCUCUCUCUUGUUUAGCUACAGACUCUCUUAUACCAAAUAGGGAGGUGCAAAUAGCAAAUAGAACAAAACUAAGCAGAGAGAACUAAGAGAAAAAACAGAGAAAGAAGUUUCAUUGAUUCUCCCACUAUGGCUGCACAAACCAACGGUGGAGAUCUGAAUCAGAACCAAAACCAGAACCAGAACCAGCACCAGCAACAGCAACAGCAACAGUGGGCUCAGCAGCAGCCACAUCAGUAUCAACAACAAUGGAUGUCUAUGCAGUAUCCAGCUACUGCUAUGGCUAUGAUGCAACAGCAGAUGAUGAUGUAUCCUCAGCAUUAUAUGCCGUAUGUACAUCCUCAUCAUUAUCAGCAGCAGCCACCUCAUCAACAACAAGUGUCGCCGCCGCCAUCGGCGCAUAGUCAUCAUGGCGGCCAUCAACAGCAUCAGUAUCAGCAGCAUCAGCAGAAGCAGCUGGCACCUGAAGAGAUCAGGACGAUCUGGCUUGGUGACCUUCAUCAUUGGAUGGAUGAGACUUUUCUUCAUAACUGCUUUGCUCAUACUGGAGAGGUUGCAUCGGCCAAGGUCAUACGUAAUAAGCAAACUGGUCAAUCGGAGGGAUAUGGAUUUGUCGAGUUCUAUACGCGAGCAAUGGCUGAGAAAGUCUUGCAGAACUUUAAUGGUACUAUGAUGCCAAAUACCGAUCAGGCGUUUCGUCUGAAUUGGGCUACAUUCAGCGCUGCUGGUGGUGGUGGUGAAAGGCGUUCUUCUGAGGCUACUUCUGAUCUCUCUGUUUUUGUCGGAGACUUGGCCAUAGAUGUUACUGAUGCUAUGCUUCAAGAGACGUUUGCUAGCAAAUUCUCAUCUAUUAAGGGAGCAAAAGUUGUCAUUGACUCUAAUACUGGUCGUUCAAAAGGCUAUGGUUUUGUUAGGUUUGGUGAUGAAAGUGAAAGGACAAGAGCAAUGACUGAAAUGAAUGGUGUUUAUUGUUCUAGCAGGCCUAUGCGAGUAGGUGUUGCAACACCCAAAAAAACUUAUGGCAAUCCACAACAAUAUUCUUCACAAGCUGUAGUGUUGGCUGGUGGUGGUGGACACUCCAAUGGUGCCAUGGCCCAAGGUUCCCAAUCUGAAGGGGAUUCUAACAACACAACGAUAUUUGUUGGAGGACUUGACUCUGACAUUAGUGAUGAGGAUCUCAGACAACCAUUUUUGCAAUUUGGUGAUGUUAUCUCUGUGAAAAUCCCAGUCGGUAAAGGAUGUGGUUUUGUUCAACUUGCUGACAGAAAGAAUGCCGAGGAAGCAAUUCAGGGAUUGAAUGGAACAGUGAUUGGAAAGCAGACAGUGCGCCUUUCUUGGGGUCGUAGUCCAGGAAAUAAGCAUUGGAGGAAUGACUCUAAUGGUUAUGGAGGUCAUGGAUAUGGUGGCCAUGGAUAUGGAAGUAAUGGAUAUGCUGCUAGACAAAAUCAGGAUAUAGCUAUGCAACCCGCUGCUGCAGUUCAAGGGGCUUCCUAACGGUCAUAGCAGCACACUUGGUAUUGAAAUAGGAUGGAUUUUAUUGCCCUCUUAAGUGAACUGUAGUAUUAUUUUUAAAUUUGUAGCUGGGUUAUAUGGUACCCAGGCUUAUUAAGAUUAUAUAUUUAAGUGUCUGAAAUUUUGGAUUGAACCUGACCAUAUAAUAUGGCUCAGGUUAUUUUUGUUUUUUUUUUAACCGUUAGUAGACAGCUAAAAUUAUUUUUAAUACUAUCUUUACACAGUGCAACGUAGCUGCUUGCAAAAACUUGAAAUUGAGUGUAAAGACUGAACAAUAUAGAAAUAUUCAUUUCAUUUUCGAUCUUAAAAUUAAAAAGACAAUGUUAAUGG